AUGGAUCAUAUUAAUGAUGAUGAACAAAAGCUGCCACUCCUUGAUCACAAUAGAGAGGUUCCAGAAGCAGAGAGGAGCAUGGUUCAAAGAGCCAUAAGCCAAACAUUUCAAAGCACGGCACAUUUGGCGAAUCUUCUUCCAACCGGCACUGUCCUAUCCUUCCAACUCCUCUCUCCAAUCUUCACAAACCAAGGAAACUGCGACUCUGUCAACAAAUUCAUGACUUACACACUAUUAUCCCUCUCUGCUUUCUCAUGCUUCCUUCUAAGCUUCACUGAUAGCUUCAGGGACAGUAAGGGGAAUGUAUGUCACGGUUUUGCCACAUUUAAGGGACUGUGGGUUAUUGAUGGAUCAACCACACUGCCACCUGAACUUGAUGCAAAGUAUAGGCUCAGGUUCAUUGAUUUUGUGCACGCUGUGAUGUCAGUUCUGGUUUUCACCGCCAUUGCGCUGUUCGAUCAGAAUGUGGUGAAUUGCUUCUUCCCUUCGCCGUCGGAUGAGGCGCAGCAGAUGCUCACGGCGUUGCCGGUGGGAAUUGGAGUGCUCUGCAGCACGCUCUUUGUUGCAUUUCCUACACAGCGAUAUGGAAUUGGAUUCCCACUUUCAAAAACUUAACAUCAUUCAAUUCAAAAACUCACGUGUGGACCUAACUAACGAUUAAUGUACAAAAAGUUUCCGUGAUGAUUAUUAUUGUUAGUGGCAUGGCAUA